CAUAUAUAUUUAUUAAGAUUUAAAACUAAUAUGAUUUACAACGAGCUUGCUUAUGGCUUUGAUCUUUCAUGGUUGAAAACAGAUAGUUUGUAUCACGGAAAAGUAGGUUUGCUAUGCUUCCGUAAUCCCGGGAUAUGUGGGACAACAACGGCUGUCUAUAUAUCAGAGUCAAUAAUCGACGGUGUAGUGUUACACACAGGAUUCAAAUUUAUAGUUGGGACACCACUUGUAGUUGCCUUUGUAAUCUAUAAAUGGCGACGACGUCAUUUAUCAACAUAUGAUUCUAUCGAAGAGUUCCUUCACAAUCAAAAUAAUUUUACUCCUAUAAGAUACUCAUUCAGUGAGAUAAAAAAGAUGACCCAAAACUUCAAAAACAAAUUAGGAGAAGGAGGUUAUGGCUCUGUAUUCAAAGGAAAGCUACGUAGUGGUCGUACUGUAGCAGUUAAGGUAUUGAGUAAAUCAAAGGGAAAUGGACAGGAUUUCAUUAAUGAAAUAGCUACAAUUGGAAGAAUUCACCAUGUUAAUGUGGUUCAUUUGAUUGGCUUUUGUGUCCACUCUUCAAAGAACGCUCUUGUAUAUGAUUUCAUGUCUAAUGGAUCAUUGGAAAAAUAUAUUUUUUCUCAAGGAAUUACCAUUUUAAGUUGCAAGCAAAUUUUUGAAAUUUCGCUUGGUGUGGCACGUGGGAUUGAAUACAUGCACCAAGGAUGUUACAUGCAAAUUUUGCACUUUGAUAUUAAACCUCACAACAUUCUUUUGGAUGAAAAUUUUAUUCCAAAAGUUUCUGAUUUUGGAUUAGCAAGAUUAUGCCCAUUGGAUAAUAAUAACGUCUCCUUAACUGCAGCAAGAGGAACUUUAGGAUACAUAGCGCCAGAGCUAUUUUACAAAAACAUUGGAGGAGUUUCUAAUAAAGCUGAUGUGUAUAGUUUUGGAAUGUUGUUGAUGGAAAUGGCAAGUAAAAGAAAAAAUUUAAAUGCAGUCGAAAAUACUAGCCAGAUUUACUUUCCUUCAUGGGUGCAUGACCAAUUAAGUCAAGAAAAAAGUAUAGAAAUGAAAACAUCUGAUACAAACGAGGCCGAUUCAAGAAUUGCAAAGAAGAUGAUUAUAGUAGCAUUAUGGUGCAUACAACUGAAGCCUAGUGAUCGUCCUACAAUGAACAAAGUUAUUGAAAUGCUUGAAGGAGAAUUUGAAUGUCUACAAAUGCCUCCAAAGCCUUCCUUGUAUCAACUAGAGAAGCCUACUGAGCAUGUUCAAGAGACAUCAUAUUCACAACAAUCAACAAUACCAUCAUUAACGCUACAAAGAUAGGUAUGGCCCUAAAUCCAAAUGAUUGACAUUUGUAAUUUUUGUAUUUUGUUAAAAUACUUAACAUUAUUGG